GGAAGUCGAGGCUGACAGGGCGGGGAUCCAGCCACGGGAGGCUGAACUGGGAAACCGAGGCCGGCGGGGCGGGGAUCCAGCCCCUGGAGGGAGGAACGGGGAGACUGAGGUGCGAGGCGGGGCCCGGCCAUGAUCCCUACACCCACAAACCGAACCCCGGCGAGGAGAGACACCUAGGCCAGAGGUGGAAAGUUCAACCCCAACUGUCUCCCCAUCCAGGCUGCUGACUGAGCCAGGAAUCCAGCCCGGGGAAGCGAGGAGAAACGGACAGGGAAACUGAGGCCUAGGACAGAACCCCCCCCACACACCCACCCCAACCCCCGCAGCCUUCCUUCCACCUGCCCCUCCCAGCCCUGGAGCCUGGGCUGGGCAACCCCUUCCCCUGCUUAGCCUCCCUUUACAUUUCCCUCAAAUGAGGCCUGUGGCCGACGUGGUGGCUCAGGCCUGUCAUCCCAGCGCUUUGGGAGGCCGAGGCGGGUGGAUCACGAGGUCAAGAGAUCGAGACCAUCCUGGUCCACAUGGUGAAACCCCGUCUCUACUAAAAAUACAAAAAAUUAGCCGGGCAUGGUGGCGCGUGCCUGUAAUCCCAGCUACUCGGGAGGCUGAGGCAGGAGACUUGCUUGAACCCGGGAGGUGGAGGUUGUGGUGAGCCGAGAUCCCGCCACUGCACUCCAGCCUGGGUAACAGCAAGACCAUCUCAGCAACAACAAGGUUCUGGCCUUCGUAAGGUGCCCUACACCUGGUUCCUGCUGCUCGUGUCCCUGCGGGUGUCAGCCACUCCUUGCCACCCGUGUGGGACACGUUCAGACCGAAACCUCCAGAUCUGGGACCCUCACCUGCCCUGAACCUUCCAUGGCUCUCCAGGGUCCUGGGGACAAACCCAGGCUAUCCUCACUCUGGGUCUCCGCUGAAGGCUGGCCUCCCCGUCAUUCUGGGCCCACCCACCUGGAGCCCCAGCCCCUAAGAGGGUCAAAGCCCUUCCCACAUUCACAGGUCUCCGGGUUCGCGCCUCGGCUCGGCUCCUGAGCGUCAACUCCCUGGUUAACUCCCUCGAUUCUUCCGGGCCCACAGCAGCCUCCACGCCGCCACCCCCGCCUGCUCCGCCCCUCUCAGUCCCCCUCCUGCGCUCUCACUCCGACCGGGCACCGGGAGGAGGGAAUGGGGAGGUUGCCGCUGGGGUAACGGAGGGCGCGUGGGCAGGGGAGGGAGUGGUGAGCGGCUGCGGGAGAGGCGGGAAGGCAGGGACAAGGGGGGGCCCGGGCUAUAAACGCUGGGCUGCAGCAGCGCCCGCACAGGAGCCGCCGAGCCCAUCCCAGCUGCCCUGCGGACCCGACGCCUCCAGCUGAGACCCUUCCGGGGCUCCGCGGGCGCAUCCCCCGGCGGCCGGGCGCAGGGGUGUUCGGGGGCGGUGCCGGGGCGCAAUCCUGGAGGGCGGCCGGGAGGAGGAGGGAGGCGCGGCCGUGCACAUGGCGGCUGCAACCGGGCCCAACGCGUCCUGGUGGGCGCCGGCCAACACCUCGGGCUGCCCGGGCUGCGGCUCCAACGCCUCCGACGGUCGGGUCCCUGCUCCGGGGUUCGUGGGCUCCUGGGUGGUGCAGCUCUUCUUUGCGGCGCUGAUGCUGCUGGGCCUGGUGGGGAACUCGCUGGUCAUCUACGUCAUCUGCCGCCACAGGCCGAUGCGGACAGUGACCAACUUCUCCAUCGCGAACUUGGCAGCCACGGACCUGACCUUCCUCCUGAGCUGCGUCCCCUUCACCGCCCUGUUGUACCCGCUGCCCGCCUGGGUGCUGGGCGACUUCAUGUGCAAGUUCGUCAACUACAUCCGGCAGGUCUCGGUGCAGGCCACGUGCGCCACUCUGACCGCCAUGAGCGUGGACCGCUGGUACGUGACGGUGUUCCCGCUGCGCGCCCUGCACCGCCGCACGCCCCGCGGGGCGCUGGCUGUCAGCCUCAGCAUCUGGUUGGGCUCCGCUGCGGUGUCUGCGACGGUGCUCGCCCUGCACCGCCUGUCCCCGGGGCCGAGCACCUACUGCAGAGAGGCCUUCCCCAGCCGCGCCCUGGAGCGCGCCUUCGUGCUGUACAACCUGCUGCCGCUGCUCGCCACCUGCGCCUGCUAUGGGGCCAUGCUCCGCCACCUGCGCCGGGCCGCCGUGCGCCCUGCGUCCGUCGAUAGCGCCCUGCAGGGGCAGCUGCGGGCCCAGCGCGCGGACGCGGUGCGGGCCAAGGUGUCGCGGCUGGUGGCGGCCGUGGUCCUGCUCUUCGCCGCCUGCUGGGGCCCCAUCCAGCUGUUCCUAACGCUGCAGGCGCUGGACCCCGAGGGCGCCUGGCACCCGCGCAGCUACGCCGCGUACGCGGUCAAGACCUGGGCGCACGGCAUGUCCUACAGCAACUGGGCGCUGAACCCGCUGCUCUACGCCUUCCUGGGCUGGCACUUCCGACGGGCCCUCGGCCGCGUGUGCCCCUGCGCGCCCCGCCGGCCCCGAGCCUCCGACCCCGCCGCCCCGCGCGCCGAGCUGCACCGCCUGGGGUCCCACCCGGCCCCCGCCAGGGCGCAGAAGCCAGGGAGCCGUGGGCCGGCGGCGCGCGGGCUCUGCGUCCUUGGGGAAGCCGGCGCCCCUCUCUGAGCGGACCCGUGGGAAAACAAGCGGCCCCCUCCGGAGCGGGGGGCUGCUGGAACAGCGCCUGUUCUCCUGCUCUCCAUGCUUUUCUCGUGGCCCGAGAUGAUCCGUGCACAUGUUUUGGCCUCUUCUGACAGUCCCGGGCAGUUUUGCUGUGAUGUUUGCUGUUGACAUGGAAAUUAUUAAUGUGUUUCCUGAAAUUAAAGACGUGUCCACAUGGGACUUUCUGGAUCAUUCUAGAACAUGUCAGACGUGAUCUCCUGGUCCUG